AUGGCGGACCAACAAGAGAGAAAAGAGAAUAGCCUGGUUCCAACCGUCACCAGAGCUGAAGGCCAAUCCUUAUCUCAAGAUGCAGUUUUUGGCGAACUCACAGAGGAUGGACCUAAUUAUCGCAAUGUGGGAUGGCUAGGAACAAGUGUCAUAAUGUUGAAAGUCCAGAUCGGCCUAGGCGUAAUGUCAAUGCCAUCUGCAUUUGAUGCUCUAGGAAUAGUUCCUGGCAUUAUCUGUCUAUGUGUGAUUACAGGUAUCACGACAUGGUCAAAUUAUAUGGUCGGCGAUUUUAAACUUCGACACCCAGAAGUUUAUGGCAUCGACGAUAUAGGUGGAUUACUCUUUGGUAAAACCGGAAGGAUUGUACUAGGAACGGCAUUUGUUCUCUGUAAGGUCAUCCUCUCGUUGAUAAUUGCUUGA